AUGCCGUCCGUCCUGCCGCAGGUGGAACAGAUCCUGUCGGAGUUUCGGCUGAAGGAGGAGGACCUGAAGAAGGUGAUGUACCGGAUGCAAAAAGAGAUGGACCGAGGGCUAAAGCUGGAGACACACGAGGAAGCUUCCGUGAAAAUGCUGCCCACCUACGUCCGCUCCACACCCGAGGGCUCAGAGGUCGGAGAUUUCCUGUCGUUGGACCUCGGCGGCACCAAUUUCCGCGUGAUGCUGGUGAAAGUGGGCGAGGGGGAGGAAGGGCAGUGGAAGGUGAAGACGAAGCAUCAGAUGUACUCCAUCCCGGAGGAUGCCAUGACGGGGACGGCUGAGAUGCUUUUCGACUAUAUCUCCGAGUGCAUCUCCGAUUUCCUGGACAAGCACCAGAUGAAGCACAAAAAGCUGCCCCUGGGCUUCACCUUCUCCUUCCCCGUGCGGCACGAGGACAUCGACAAGGGCAUCCUCCUGAAUUGGACCAAGGGCUUCAAAGCCUCCGGCGCGGAAGGGAACAACGUGGUCGGGCUCCUGAGAGACGCCAUCAAACGGCGAGGGGACUUCGAGAUGGACGUGGUGGCGAUGGUGAACGACACGGUGGCCACGAUGAUCUCCUGCUACUACGAAGAUCACCGGUGCGAGGUUGGGAUGAUUGUGGGGACGGGCUGCAACGCCUGCUACAUGGAGGAGAUGCAGAACGUGGAGCUGGUGGAGGGCGACGAGGGACGGAUGUGCGUCAACACGGAGUGGGGGGCCUUCGGCGCCUCGGGGGAGCUGGACGAGUUCCUCCUGGAGUACGACCGCGUGGUGGACGAGACCUCACUUAACCCCGGUCAGCAACUCAACGAGAAGACCCCCUACGAGAAGAUCAUCGGGGGGAAGUACAUGGGGGAGAUCGUCCGGCUGGUGCUGCUGAAGCUGGUGGACGAGAACCUGCUCUUCAACGGGGAGGCCUCCGAGAAGCUCAAGACCCGCGGGACCUUCGAGACCCGCUUCGUGUCACAGGUCGAGAGCGACUCCGGCGACCGCAAGCAGAUCUACAACAUCCUGACGGCCUUUGAGCUGCUGCCCUCGGGGACGGACUGUGACAUCGUGCGGAUGGUCUGCGAGAGCGUCUCCACCCGCGCCGCCCAGAUGUGCUCGGCCGGGCUGGCCGGCGUCAUCAACCGCAUGCGGGAAAGCCGGAGCCAGGAGACCCUCAAAAUCACCGUGGGGGUCGACGGCUCCGUCUACAAGCUCCAUCCCAGCUUCAAGGACCGCUUCCACGCCACGGUUCGGCAGCUGACGCCCGGCUGCGACAUCACCUUCAUCCAGUCGGAGGAAGGCAGCGGGCGCGGGGCCGCGCUCGUCUCGGCCUUUGCCUGCAAAAUGGCCUGCAUGAUGGGGCAGUGA